CGGAUUCAGUCCUGCCCACAGUACCUAGGUAGUGUAGUGUGAUUCGUAGUUGCUCCUGUUGGCGAAUCCUCCUCUCUCCCUCCUCUGCCUCUAAUUUCCGAUCUUCAUCGAUCAUCGCAUCACAGAUUUCCCCCAAGGUUUUUUGCACGCGCGCCCGCACCUUCACGUGUUUGGGCAGGAGAAUCUGUUGACUUCCUCGUCGCGACCCACGGUUGAUGUUGGACCUACACCGCAAUAACCCUAUGGAAGGUGGGAUUUCUCGGGCGGCGUCAUAUCCAUGUGAUGAGCAGACCGCAGCAGCCGAAACGGAGCGCGCAUACCGCCUGUCGUCGCUGUCCGGAAGAAGAGGCUGUCGUGUGCUGCUGUCGUGUGCUGCUGCGGCCGUCGUGUGCGUUGUCCGGCGGAAUGAUCGGCAAAGUCCCGGCUUUUAUUUAUUGUCACAGAUAUACCUGUUUUGCGUGUGUGCAUUGCAUGACGCUCCGCUCCCCUCGACCAAGAUACAACACCCGGGCAUGUUCCUCCACGGCCAGCCCGGGAAUACGAUCUCACCUUACACCCAUCACAGUAGACCUGCAUCGUCCCGGAUGAUCUCGUCUGGAUCUCGCACGACUUUCCCUUUUUUUCCUUCUUCUUUUCUUUCCAGACGGAGAAUGGAGGAGACGAAAGAUGGACAGAUCGAUACCGUGCUCUUCUGUUGUUUCUACGUGUAUACAUCUGUACCAGGAGGCAUUCCCCGUGAUUUGACUGCGAAUAUGGACUGUGAUUACACGCGGGCUGUUGCGCAUACAGGAUAUAUAUAUAUAUAUGCAGGUAAGGUAGGUUGCUGGGAUGGUGGAAAACCUCCUGCGCGGACACUCCACUUUCAGCCUCCUACAGCACCUGCUUUUCCCAUCGCAGGGAACCACAGGGAGUUGUGGCCGCUGCAGACACCUCACCGCAUCGUCAACGCUCAAGGACUGGUUACGGGGACUCUGCAUCUUGGUCCUUGUAGAUUUCGACUCGCGCGAACGCGGCGGAUCUGGAGAUCCCCUUUCCCUUUCUUCCCCUCUCUUCGUCUGAGACCGCGACCGCCUUGUGAGAUCCCCUGUCAUGGCGCAUCUCGUGUCCGUCCGAUUGGGAGAUAUGCAGGUUGUGUUCGUGUCUCGGAUCUUGCCCUGCCUUUCCUUCACACCAGGGCCAGAGCCGCAUUACAACGUCUGGGAGCCAUUGUAGGAUGAAGAGGAUCUUGGGAACGCGUUUUGAUAAUCAUCCGGACGGAAAACAGUCAUCAUCAUCUUCAUCACCACCCUCACACAGCCUAUCAU